UUUUCUUAUAAAAAGAGCCGGUCUCGCGGGGUUGAAACCCCGGCGAGAUACGACGACGACGACGACGACUUCGACGAUUAGGGUUUGUGAAUUUGGAGCUCGGCAUUAAUUCGUUGUUCUCUCGCUUCAAUUUGAUCUUGAUUGUGCGUGAUUUCAUGGGGACGCCUGAAUUUCCCGAUCUCGGGAAGCAUUGCAGCGUGGAGGACUGCAAGCUCAUCGAUUUCCUGCCCUUCACCUGCGAUCGGUGUAGCGAGGUAUUCUGCCUGCAGCAUAGAAGUUACUCAAAACACCUUUGUCCAAAUGCCAACCUUCAGGAUGUGACAGUCCUGGUUUGCCCACUCUGUGCUAAAGGAGUUCAUCUGGUCCCAAAUCAAGACCCAAAUAUCACUUGGGAAUCUCAUGUCAACACUGAUUGUGACCCAUCAAAUUACCAGAAAGCAACUAAGAAAAGAAAGUGCCCUGUUCCUGGUUGCAAAGAAAUACUUACUUUCUCUAACACAAUACGCUGUAGAGACUGUACCCAAGAGCACUGCUUAAAACACAGAUUUGGCCCUGACCACAAAUGCCCAGGCCCCAAGAAGCCUGAUACUAGCUUCCCUUUUAUAAGUUUGUUGAGGAGGAGCCAGAAAAGUGAGUCAGUGACUAGCAGAAGUUCAAAUGUCCCUGUACGAAGUCAGAGCUCAAACGGUUCAUCAUGGUGGGGUUCUGGCUUAGUCAACGCCGCAUCAAGUGUUCGGGCCUCAGCUGAGUCCAGCAUUCAGAGGUUAAGCGAUGUUACUGCCCAAGCAUUGCAGAAGGCGAAGGAAGGAAUGUCACAGAACAACAACAAUGCUCUUGUCGAACAAUGCCCUCAGUGUCCAGCAAAAUUUUCAUCUGUUUCUGCUUUGAUUGAGCAUUCUGAGAGAAAUCAUAACCGCGGCAUUCCACCAGGUCAGUAUGGUGUCACGAUCGAUGCUUGUCCCAAAUGUGGCAAAGGCUUUGUUGAUCCAGUAUUGUUAGUUGAGCAUGUUGAGAGGGUGCAUGGAGGGACAUCGACUGUUCGAUCUUGAAUUUUAUAAACUAAUUCCGGGGCCUGCAUUUGGAGUGAGCUACAUCCAUAUCAAAUGCUUCCAGGCUUCCAGCAGUGACAAUUCAAGCAAUUACCAUUGCAUUUAAUUUAUUUUUCCAAGUCCUGAUUGGUUUAUACUCUACACACACGGAAAGCAUGGCCCCUUUUUACAUUGUUGAUUAAAGUUAACAUAAUAGGGAUUGAAAUUGUGGUUGUCUUAGUUUGAUGGGUCUUCUGUUCUUGUACUGCUCUUUGUUUAUGCAAUGAAAGUGAAUUUGUUGUGAAUUA